AUGGUGAUUGCUGUAAAUUGCAGUUCCAUGGUGUUUGGGUUUGCUCCAGCUGUCAUGUUUACCGUACGUGAACAAAAUAAGGCUGUUGAUGCCUUAGCUGCCAAGAGCUAUGAUUUCCCUUUGGGCCUUCAUGCUUUAGAUAUGGAACCUUUCUUCCUUAAUAAUGUUCUUGCUGCUGAUGCUAGCAGUACCCCUAAUUCAAGGUUGAUUCCUAUGUAG